AUGGCCGAUCUCACCGCGAUUUUACAGGCUUCAAUGAGCCCUGACAAUGAAACACGAAAAAAGGCGGAUGUCUUAGUGGAACAACUUAAACAAAAUCCAAGCGUGUUUCUACCACAAGUUCUCACUUAUUCAAAUGCUGAAUCUAAGAAUCCCCCAAACUUGCGAGUUAUAGCUCUCACAAUAGUCAACAACAUGUUGGUCAAAAUUCCACAAUUGCGCGCAGUAAUUCCUGACCAAUUACUUCUUGAGAUGUGCAACGCAAUAGCAAUCAAUUGUAAAGUCGAGAACGACCUUCAUUUAGUCCCACUUCUUUCAACAGUCGUGACCACUUUUGCAUUGGCAAUUCAACAAGAAAAUUUACCAUGGCCAAAUUAUAUCCAAUUCCUCUUUGCAUUGACUCAAGAACAAAAUAUAAUCCAACAGUGUAUUGCUCUCGAUGCGUUAGGAAAGUCUACCAUCCAUCCGGAAUCACAACUCAUUUUGUCACACGUCUCCGAACUCAAAACAUACUUGGCAAGAUGUCUAUCAAUUGAUUCCCUCCCAUUAAGACUGAAAGCUAUCACCUUUAUUUCAAACACUGCAGUCUUCCUCGAGAAGACCGCUGAAGGCAAAAAGUUUUACGAGUUAUAUCCCCUGAUAGCGCAGACGAUGCAAUCAUUGUUAGCUAAUAAUAAUUUUGAAGAAGUGAAUAACAUAUUGGAAGACUUACAGGAACUUACACAAUUUUCACAAUUCUUUUUCAAACCAAUACUGCCAGCUGUCUCCGAAAAUUUGCUUCAAAUCUGUACAUCCAACUAUGAUGGAAUGGUCAAGUCAGGAGCUAUGGAAGUUAUUUUAGUCUUGAUAGAGGCUUAUCCAGCAAGUUUUAAGAAGACUGACUAUUUACAAAAGGUCUUAGUCAUUCUUUUGAAUUGGUUGGCUUCAGUGACAGAUGCGGAUGUACAAGACUGGUUGGACGAAGACACUGGGGAUACCUUAUUUGAAUAUGCACAAGACGCUAUUGAAACAUUGACAGGAACGGUUGGUGGAAAACCACUGAGAGACACAUUGUUUGCGCAAUGUCUUGAGUUCAUAAAAAGGAAUGACUGGCCUCAUAGAUUUGCAGCACUCAGUGCAUUUUCACAAGUCGUUCCAAGAGGGAAGUUUGUGAUCAAAAGUAACAUCACGGAAUUAUUACAACUUGGAUUUGCAGCAACACAAGACGAUCAGCCGUUAGUGGUGUACGCGUUUUUAGAUCUCAUUGAAGAACUUUUGGAUACGUUCCCCCAUAUCAUGAUUCGAAUGCACUUUGAUGUAAUAGUGAAAGCACUCACGUUGUGUGUGAAGUCGAAGUAUAAAAGAGUUCAAGAACGGGCGUGUUUCUCAUUACAAUCACUGUUGGAGAAUUUGGAAGAUUCGAAACAAAAGAUCAUCCCGGCACUCCCAACACUAGUAGAAUCAAUGCUUGUGCUCUUGGGCUCAAAUUCGGACUUUUCAUUGAAAUCAUCUGCAUUGACUUCAUUGGUCUUUAUCACAUUGUUGGCUACUCCACAAAUGGCAACGUAUUACCAAUCGUUCCAAACAGUGUUUGCUGCCAUUCUACCAACUUGUAAAGAUUACCACUCAUCGGAAACUAAAGGAAAGAUCAUCGAAAUGAUGUCGAUAUUUAACUCGAAAUUGAACCCACAGUUUUUCCCAAACAUCCAAGACAUAUUGUACACGACGUUGUUGGAGUUGUUCAAACAACCAAUUGGAAUUGAAGACCCAUUACUUCCAUAUGCAAUGUCGGCGUUGUGUCGAUUGGUCGACUCUCCAACUAAAGCGAUACAUCCAAAUCUUGAGAAAUUCAUGACCAUCGUCUUUGAGAGAAUUGCGCUGCCAAUCACUCUCGACAAUAAAGAUCAAACAAAUGUUAUCAACGUCACGAACGUCAUUACCUCAGAGAAAAAGUUCUUGUUGCUUUCAGUGAAAAAGAUAGCAGACUAUCUUAAAGGCAGUUACGCAGUGUUUGCUGAAAAGACGUUUGCGAUAGUGUCUCCCUUCUUGCAGUCGAAUAACAGUGUUAUAAAAAUCACUGCUUGUGAAGUCUUACCUGUUGUUGUAUCUUCAUUAGUCGCUGCAAUGGGAAAGACCGACCAAGUCAAGCAAUUAUACUAUCGAGUAGUUAAUAUCUUGUGUCAAGUUCUUGUUGCAGAAAGAAUAUCAGAUAAUAUCGAAGUAGUCUUGGAUUGCUUAAAUUAUGUGAUUAGCGCUGUUGGCGAGAAUAGUUUGGACGCGCAGAUGAUUGGUAUUCUCUUUGAGUCGUUUGACAAACUCUUAUUUGGCUGUUUAGAAGGGAACACAGAAGUCCAGCAAAUAUCAGAAAAAAUGAAUAAAGAUGAAGAUGAAUUGGACGAUGAAGAAGCGGAGAUGUUGAAUGACCAAGCAAACUUCGACACGUGGCUCCAAAAGAUGUUACAAGUCCUUGGAACUGUAUGUGAGAAUCACGUUCAAACGUUCUUUGCUGCGUUUAACAUGAAGUUGUUCCCACGUAUUAUGAUCUAUUUCAACCAAGAAGACAACGAAAUGAGAUGUUCAUUUGCUGUUUCAGCAAUGGGGACGGUCAUUUCAAAAGGAAAGUUGUACCACUAUAUCCCACAUGUCGGAGAUAAAUUUGUGGAGUACAUGAAAUCAAGUAUGAGUGACGUGGCAUUCAAUGCCAUUCUCUUUGUGGGAGUCUUUGCGGAAUUGGAGAUCCCCGAGUUCCAAAAUUUGGUUCCAAAAGUGUUAAAUGUUAUCAGCGAGUUAGUCAGUCGUAAAAAGAAUAAAGCAUACUUCGAACUUCAUUCACAAAUAGUGACCACGUUAGGGUUGAUCGUUUUGCACAACAAAACACUUCCAAAUCGUGACGCACUUGUGAAAAGUUUCAUUGGCCUUUUCCCGGUCAGUGAAGGGUAUUCAAAGUUGGUGGAAGUCAUCUUCGAUAUGCAAAACCAAAAUUUGAUCACUUCGAACAACGAAAACGAGACUGCUGAAAUCAUCUAUCGACUUGUGUCGUUUUGUGCUGGUGCUGUUGAAGAGGAGGUUUGCAGCAAAGACACCAAAAAGAAGAUUUUACUGCUUCUUAAAAAGUGGACGACUGAAGUCCCUCAGAACAUUAUUCAAGCAGUUUGGAACAAACUCACUGUCGAGCAAAAAGGGGAGUUGAGUGACUUGCAGAAUGAACAGCUUUGA